GUCGUAGUCUUGUUGAACUUUUCUUUGAUAUAUUGUAAUAAAUAUAAUUUUUUCACCUAAAAAUUUCUAAAAUAAGAUUUGAGACCAAGAUAUGUAUGUUAUCCCAAAGAUCUAGAAAAUUUGUUCUGUUCUCUUCUCUCUCUAACCUCUCUCUAAACUCUCUCGCUGCUGCUCGUUUUCUCGCGAUUGCGAUGGCUGCCUCGUCGUCGGAUUCUGCUCCGACGACGGGCAAGGUUUUGGGGGGAUGCACCUGGGCGCAGUUAUUUGAUAUCGCUCCGGAGAAUCGGAUGAAGUAUCGGCCUCCAGAGCGUGUUAACGAUGGGUUUCGCAUCCCUCGGGAGGUAAAGCAAAAGGGGGAAGAGCGAUGGCGAGAUUGCUUGAUCGGGCAGUUCGUCGGAGCUCAACCUAAGGUGGCGCAGUUACAGACAUGGGCUACCUCAAUUUGGGGGGGAGAUGGGGCUGUCAGGGUUUCCAGAUUUGGACCUCGUUUGUUUGUUUUCCAGUUUCGUUCUGCAUCAACCAGUAAGUGGGUUUUCAGAUCAGGACCAUGGCACUAUCAAGGGAAUCAACUCUACCUCAGGAAGUGGACGCCGGGGAUACAAUCAGUUGCUCCUCAGGUAGAAUCUCUUCCUAUCUGGGUUAAUAUCUGGGGUAUUCCUUUGGAGUAUCACUCGGUGGAAGGGUUGGAAUGGGUUGCUAGCACAGUUGGCCCGCCUCUUUGGAUGGAUAAAACCACAAGGGUGGGUGGGCAAUUGGGAUAUGCAAAAGUCUGUGUCGAUCUUGCUGCGGACUGUGGUUUUCCAUCUUCAAUUCGUCUCUAUCCGGAUGAGGAUCCGAGUUUUGCUGUGGAAGUAGAAUAUUUGAAUUUACCUAGGGUCUGCCCUGUCUGUGCUGUUUAUGGUCAUGACUGCAAUGCUCUGGCUCGAAGUAAUAAGAAGUGGGUAGUAAAGCAUAAAGUUCAAUCUAAUGUUGAGACAGGAUCAGGGGAGGCUUUUGUUGAUUCUGGAGUGUUGUCUGUGGUUGGAUCUGAGAUGCAAACUGGAGUGGAACCUGCAGGGAGUCAUGUAGUUCAAUCUGUGGUUAAUGCUGUACUGAGUGACAAAGCACAGUUAACAGAACCUGUGGCUAUUAGUGUGGAUGUUCAGGAUAUCUCUAAUUCUUCUACAAAUGGGAAUGCAAAUGCUCGGUUUGUGGACGUGGUAAUGGGAUCAUCAGUUGUUACUGGGAGUCCUAGUGCCUUACUGCAACAGCCUGUUGUAGCUAGUCCGCCUGUUUCAGGGAAGCUAGUUACUCAGAAUCCAGUACUUGUCAAAGAGAUUAAUCCUUGGAUAACUGUUGGUUCUAAGAAGAAACCUACUCCUCCUAAAGUGCUUGAGCCUAUUCUUCCUCGGAAAGGGGGAAGAAUUGGGAAGAAGAAAUGAAGAUACUCACAUGGAAUAUCCGGGGAUUUAAUGACCCGGAUAAGAAUAAGGCUGUACAGCAGCUGAUUACUACACAUAAUAUAGAUAUUAUAGUUAUACUAGAGCCUAGAGUUAGAAGUAAUAAAGCUGAUGAGCUGAUAAAUAGACGGUUUUCUGGUUGGAAGUUUAAGGUUUCUAAUAAUGCUGAUGGGCUGGGGAAGUUGUGGCUUUUGUGGAAAGAAGACAUAAAACUACAGGUUUUACAUACUACAGAUCAACUUAUCCAUGUUAUGGUUGGGUCUGGGGUUCCUUUCUUUUUCUCUGUCAUUUAUGCAUCUAAUGAGGAGGUUGAUAGAAGAUGUCUAUAUUCUGAUUUGGUUAAGUAUCAGGUGGACUCUCUUCCAUGGGCAGUUUUAGGAGACUUCAAUGCAAUUGGUAAUCCAAGUGAAGCUUCAAAUCAUCCCCAAGUAUCUAGUAGCAUGACUGAAUUUAAGAAGUGGCAGUAUGAUUGUGAGGUAGAAGAGCACAAGGCCUCAGGGCCAUGGUUUACAUGGAUUAAUAAACAGCAGAGUAAUCC